GCGCGCCGCCAGCGCUGAGGGAGCCGCGUCCCCGCUCCAUGGAGGCGGCCAACGGGGCUCUGCCCGACGGCCGGGCUGGGGGCUCCCGCCGCGGCGCCGCCCCGUCGGGCAAGAAGGAAGUGAAGAUCGUGAUCGUCGGGGACGGCGGCUGCGGGAAGACGUCGCUGCUCAUGGUGUACGCGAAGGGCUCCUUCCCCGAGCAAUACGCACCAUCUGUCUUUGAGAAGUAUUCUACCAGUAUUACAGUGGGCAGCAAAGAAGUCAUCCUGAAUUUGUAUGAUACCGCAGGGCAGGAGGACUACGAUCGGCUACGACCUCUUUCUUACCAGAACACAAACGUAGUGUUAAUUUGUUAUGAUGUCAUGAAUCCCACUAGCUACGAUAAUGUAAUAGUUAAGUGGUAUCCUGAAGUGAGUCACUUCUGCCGUGGUGCCCCUCUCGUACUGAUCGGCUGCAAGACAGACCUUCGGAAAGACAAAGAACAGUUGCGUAAGCUCCGGGCCUCUCAGCAGGAGCCCAUUACUUACAACCAGGGCGAAACAGCUUGUCAGCAGAUUAAUGCAGAAGUUUAUCUGGAAUGCUCAGCAAAAUGUCGUGAAAACAUAGAAAAUGUUUUUAAAGAAGCAACAACCAUUGCACUAAAUGCCAUGAAAAAAGCCAAACGCCAAAAGAAACGGACAGUCUGCUCAGUGCUAUGAUCUGGACUGCAAAUGAGCAUUGCAGCCAAGUGAUUCACAUUUUAGCAACAGUACAACUUUAAAUACCUCCCCCCCAUUCCAAGUUUUUGUUCCUGCAGUGAUGUUUAAGUUUUAACUUCUUAAAA